UUCUAAUCAGUGCUUUCAGUUUCAUAACAAAACUAUUAUAUACAGUCACCGGCUCUCUGAAGAAAAUCUAGAAAGCCCCUGGACAUUGGAUGAGUAAGAUAAAAGCCAAAAGUUCCAGUGAGGGCAUAAAGUAACAGAAACCAGUGCAGCUGAACUCAGCCAAAGAGGAAACAAGAUAAAGUAACACCCUGGACAUGGCCUCAGAGAUCCACAUGCCAGGCCCAGUGUGCCUCAUUGAGAACAUUAAAGGGCAACUGAAGGUUAAUCAGGAAGCCCUGAAGAUCCUGUCUGCCAUCAACCAGCCUCUUGUUGUGGUGGCUAUUGUGGGCCUGUACCGCACAGGCAAAUCCUACCUGAUGAACAAGCUGGCUGGGAAGAAAAAGGGCUUCGCUCUGGGCUCCACGGUGCAGUCUCACACCAAGGGAAUCUGGAUGUGGUGUGUGCCUCAUCCCAAGAAAACAAACCACACCCUAGUCCUGCUUGACACUGAGGGCUUGGGAGAUGUUGAGAAGGGUGACAACCAGAAUGACUCCUGGAUCUUUGCCCUGGCAGUCCUCCUGAGCAGCACCUUCGUGUACAACAGCAUGGGAACCAUCAACCAGCAGGCCAUGGACCAACUGCACUAUGUGACAGAACUGACGGAUCGAAUCAGGGCAAAAUCCUCACCUGAUGAUAGUGGGAUCGAUGACUCAGCUGACUUUAUGAGCUUCUUCCCAGCCUUUGUGUGGACUCUGAGAGAUUUCUCCCUGGAGCUGGUAGCAAAUGGACAACCCAUCACUGCUGAUGAGUACCUGGAGCUUUCACUGAAACUAAAACAAGGUAAUGAUCAAAAAAGUAAAAACUUUAAUCAGCCUCGGUUGUGCAUCCGAAAGUUCUUCCCACAGAAGAAGUGCUUCAUCUUUGACCGACCUGCUCAGAGGAAAUUCCUUGUCCGCCUCGAGCAGCUACUUGAGGAAGAGCUAAACUCUGAAUUUGUAGAACAAGUUGCAGACUUCUGCUCCUACAUCUUCAAUCACUCCAAGGUCAAGACUCUCCCAGGCAACAUCAUGGUCAAUGGGCCUCGACUAGAGAACUUGGUGCUGACCUACCUCAAUGCCAUCAGCAGUGGGGAUCUGCCCUGCAUGGAAAACGCAGUCAUGGCCUUGGCCCAGAUAGAGAACUCGGCUGCAGUGCGAAAGGCCAUCGCCCACUAUGACAAGCAGAUGGGCCAGAAGGUGCAGCUGCCCACAGAAACCCUCCAGCAGCUGCUGGACCUGCACAGGGCCAGUGAGAGAGAGGCCAUCGAAGUCUUCAUGAAGAAUUCUUUCAAGGAUGUGGACCAGAAGUUCCAAAGGGAAUUAGGGGCUCAGUUAGAAGCAAAGAGAAAUGACUUUUGUAAGCAGAACGUGCAAGCAUCAUCAGAUCGUUGCACGGCUUUACUUCAGGAUAUUUUUGGUCCCCUAGAAGAAGAUGUGAAGCAGGGGACAUUUUCUAAACCAGGAGGUUAUCGUCUCUUUAUUCAGAAGACACAAGAGCUGAAGAAUAAGUAUUACAAAGCACCUGGAAAGGGGAUACAGGCAGAAGAGUCGCUGAAGAAAUACUUGGAAUCAAAGGAGGAUGUGGCUGAUUCACUUCUAAGGACUGAUCAGUCACUUUCAGAAAAAGAAAAGGAGAUUGAAGUGCAACGUGUAAAGGCUGAAUCUGCAGAGGCUGCAAAAAAAAUGUUGGAGGAAAUGCAAGAGAAGAAUCAGCAGUUGAUGGAACAGCAAGAAAAGAGUUACCAGGAGCACGUGAAACAGCUGACUGAGAAGAUGGAGAAGGACAGGGCCGACAUGAUGGAAGCACAAAAGAAUAUUCUAGAUCUUAAACUUAAGGAACAGGAACGACUUCUCAAUGAAGGAUUCCUACAAGAGAGCAAAAAACUUCAUAAAGAGAUCCAGGAACUCCAGAACAGAAGCAGAGGAUCCGGAUGUAUCAUACUCUAAAAAUCCAAAGGCUGAGUUUUCCUAUCAAGCUCCCUCUCCCUACCAAACAAGUUGAACGGACAGCCCCAGAACAUCAGACAAAUGCCACUGAACUUAAGAGAAAUAAUGAUGCUUGCCCUUUUGUUGAACCAUAAAAUUUUGUAUACAUCAUGCUUAAAUGUGAAGGCAAUAUUUUACUACUGAGCAAUUCAUUUCAUGCUUUUUAAAUUACUAAUAAACAAUAUAAUAUUUAACUGGAUUCUGUAUUUGAAA